UGAAGAAGUGAAUUCUUUCUUCAUUAUAAAAGUAUGCUUUGGACUACGUAAAGAUACAUCGAGUUCUAAAUAAUUGUGAACUAUUUAGAGACACAAGUUUCGAACGUCUUUGAUAAGUGUUAUAUACCAAUUCUAUUUUAUCUCAAUGCGAAAUAUCUAGAUUACGGAUCUUUAAGACCAAUUUGUAAAACCUUCUUGUAAUUUUAUAAUCUAUAAAUAAUGCCAAUUAUAACAAUCUUGUAUAGAAUGCUUAAAUAAAGUAAUGAUUUCUCUUAACCUGUACCUUUUUCUGAACGAAUUUGAGACGAAUUUGUUUUACUUAACCUAACGUUCAAGUAUUUGGUAAUAAUUUUUAACGAAGAAUUAGACGUUCGUUAAAAAAUGUACGAUACAUGCCAUCCUAGCUAUUAUUACAUUGGAAAACUGGGAUGUACCGAUCCAAUAAAAAUAAGCACGACGUUUUACGUUUAUAUCGAGCUGUGCGAAGCAAGGAGAUAUUGGGAGGUUAAUUACAAAUAUAACGAAAGUCUGGAUCUACUCUAUUUGGAAGUGAAAAGGAAAAAGAAUUCAGAAAUAGAAAUUUACGUGCCUUGGUCAACAUUGUACAAUAUAUCCCUCGACAAAAUUGAAAACAUACAGCAAGGUUUGAAUGUCGAAAGGGUCACGUUUGUGUUUAAGUCCGAAGACAGUACCAGUGUAAUUUACAAAGCAACUAGGGGUCUUGUAAAACCUAUGGCCCCCGAAGCAACAAAGUCGAUGAAGGAAAAAGAGGAAAGGAAAGCUCAAUUGGAGAAGGAGAUUCGAAAGAAUACUUCCAACUUGUACGAGCUAGCAAAGUCUUUGAACGCGGAGCACAGCGAUCAAAAUGAGCCUGGUACGAGCCACGAAUUUCGCGACUGAAAUAUAUAGAGUUGUGUAGACCGGUUUAAUAUCGACUGGACUACCAUCAAAGAUUGAAACAGUACCAAAGUCCAAGAGUCAACGAAAAUUGACAUUGAAAACAUUGAAGAGGAAAGGAAAGCUCAAUUGGAAAAGGAGAUUCGAAAGAAUACUUCCAACUUGUACGAGCUAGCAAAGUCUUUGAACGCGGAGAACAGCGAUCAAAAUGAGCCUGGUACGAGCCACGAAUUUCGCGACUGAAAUAUAUAGAGUUGUGUAGACCGGUUUAAUAUCGACUGGACUACCAUCAAAGAUUGAAACAGUACCAAAGUCCAAGAGUCAACGAAAAUUGACAUUGAAAACAUUGAAGAGGAAAGGAAAGCUCAAUUGGAAAAGGAGAUUCGAAAGAAUACUUCCAACUUGUACGAGCUAGCAAAGUCUUUGAACGCGGAGCACAGCGAUCAAAAUGAGCCUGGUACGAGCCACGAAUUUCGCGACUGAAAUAUAUAGAGUUGUGUAGACCGGUUUAAUAUCGACUGGACUACCAUCAAAGAUUGAAACAGUACCAAAGUCCAAGAGUCAACGAAAAUUGACAUUGAAAACAUUGAAGAGGAAAGGAAAGCUCAAUUGGAGAAGGAGAUUCGAAAGAAUACUUCCAACUUGUACGAGCUAGCAAAGUCUUUGAACGCGGAGAACAGCGAUCAAAAUGAGCCUGGUACGAGCCACGAAUUUCGCGACUGAAAUAUAUAGAGUUGUGUAGACCGGUUUAAUAUCGACUGGACUACCAUCAAAGUUUGAAACAGUACCAAAGUCCAAGAGUCAACGAAAAUUGACAUUGAAAACAUUGAAGAGGAAAGGAAAGCUCAAUUGGAAAAGGAGAUUCGAAAGAAUACUUCCAACUUGUACGAGCUAGCAAAGUCUUUGAACGCGGAGAACAGCGAUCAAAAUGAGCCUGGUACGAGCCGGGAAUUUCGCGACUGAAAUAUAUAGAGUUGUGUAGACCGGUUUAAUAUCGACUGGACUACCAUCAAAGAUUGAAACGGUACCAAAGUCCAAGAGUUAACGAAAAUUUCCAUUGAAAACUCGUUCUGUAUUGCUUUCAGAUAUUUAUUAUUCAAAGUAUUACUUGUAUCAUUGAAAUAUUGUAUAUUCGAGAGAAGUACCGCUAAAAGUAACUUAACUAUUCGGAGUGAUAUGUAUUAAGCUGCCACUGCAAAUGUAUACGUUAAAUAAAUUACUCAUUAAGGAUAUUCCGUAGGCAUCCUUUAUGUAGGGUUACUAACCUAUGUGUGUACGUGAUUUAGUAAACGCUACGAGGCACAUGCUGUUUUCAUUACUAUAGGAUAAAGAUAAAUAUAGCGAACAUUUUACCUAGGGUUAGAACUUAGCAGUCCUACGUUAUUUCGUAUAUAUAUAUAUAUAUAAAAAUAAGUAACGAAAGUAUAUUCUAACAAGGUUUCUACCACGAGUGUUAAAAAUAGAUCUAUCUACAAAAAAAUUGGCGACACUUGUAUUGUAUAUACAUUUUCUCGAUCAUCGGUUUUCGAACGAUACUUCAUUUUUAAAGUUGCAGUACACAUACAAAAUUUCACGCCGUUAAAAGCCGUUAAAAGUAUCACACUCAUGUACGUGUGAUGUUAAUACAAUGUUUUCUUUCCUCAUAAUCAUAUAUAUAUAUAUGUGCUGUAUACGGAUAAGUAUACAUACGUUUCGAGCAUAACAUAGUACGUAAGUAAUACGUCGACAAGAAAAUAUUUUUUUUUUUUUUAUAGAAUUAUAUAUGUUUAUAGAAAUGUGUAUUUUGGCAGUCAGGCAUGUAGAGAAGUAACGUAACUCAUUAUUUACGUGAUACAAAAAUAAACACGCUUUUUAAAUAUCAAUAAAAAGUUAUAUCCUUUCUGUUUAUUGUACCUUUACUUUCUUCAGGCGGUUCGAGAUAGUUUCAUUGAAAUCGAAACGGUAAACGUUUCCGAGGAUCCGGAUGCAACAUAUUUUCUUGCCCGUUACAUAAACGAAACGUUGCCACGCGGUUUCUCAACGUCCCUUGUACGUUCUAACUAAAGUUACAGUAAUCCAACUAAAUUUUAAAACUUACGUACGAGAAUUAUAUAAAAACAGGCACAUUAUAAAUAAUGCGUUGCACGAGCACCUCUGUAUAAUUAGGUUUUCAUUCGAAAGUGCACGAUCUCGGUAAAAAACAGUUACCAAAUGAUAAUUUAUUCGGUGCAUUAAGGCAACUAGAAUUCGAGAUUACUCGAAACUAUCACACGUGAUACGAUCAGCUGUCUGUUUCGCAAUUUUCAAUACUUUUUUUUAUUUUUUUGUUGUUCUCUUCGGGAAGACGAACAACGAUCUCCAAUUUUGUACAAUUAAAUUUUACAAUGCAAGAAAAUUCCAAAUGAAACCCAUUCGUGUAAUUAUCACAGCAUUGUAAUUUAUAAAUAUCGUAAACCAUUAAUCGUCGCUUUUCGCUGAAUCGUAAUUAGAAAUUUACGCGAUCAAAAGCAAUCUCUAUACUUCGUCAGGUUCCAUUUAAAAAGUUCUUAUUAUACAAAAACGCGAUACCAACUAUUUAAUUUUACAAAUGUCUUAUAUAAAAAAAAAACGAUAUUAGAAAUGAAUCCGAUGAGUCGAUAUGGUUAUUAACGAAGGAAUCACUGAUAUAAUUAUGCAUUGCAACUCUUAAUAGUAACUAGUAUAUUAUAUGGUACUAGUGGUACUUUUUAGAAAUUAUUUAUACGGGAAUACGGAUUUACUAUUUUAAAUAAAUUUAUAGUACGUAGAAGACAACAAUUCUAACAAAACGAUGUUAGUAGAAAACUCUUUCAAGUAACUAAGAUGUAAUGCAUAUAUUACGAUGUAAUUGUCUACAAAACCGGAGUACAAAAAAAAAAAAUGGAAACUAUAAGACGAUAUCUAUAAUUAAACGUGAAUAAUGAGUACUAACAAUGUGCUAUGAACUUGUGUUACCGUUGUGAUAGUGUUACGUGAUAUACCAAGCUGAACUAUUGUACUUAUGGAUCUUAUGCGUUAUCAAUUUCCGACGUUUGGUUACAUAUUUACAAAGUAUAGCACUAGAAAACGUAAAGAUAUGUAACUAAAUGGAGGAGUUACGAUUAACAGGGAUAUCAUAUAGGAAUCAAACCUGGAGAAAUUUGUACGACAAAAAAAAAGAAGUCGAUAUAUAUUCAGAUUGCGUGUAAAUAAUCGAUCAAAUCGUCCGAUCGUCUUAAUGGUUAGGUACACGUGACUAAUGUAAUGAGAGUGCCAGGUGUUAAUUGUAGAUUAGAUUGAUCAACAUUGUUAUACAUAGUGCCAUUUCCUCGUUCAAUUCUCUAUCACAUGAGCAUGAGCAAAUACAACUACAUUUUGAUUUAUUUUAUGCACUUUAUGAAUCUUUUAUAUGUUUAUACAGCGAGUAUCCUUUCAACGUUACACGAGGACAUAAAUCUGGAGUAGUUGAGAAAAAAUGAUUAUUAUACAUAAGAAUGAUAGGGGUGUUAUGAUGAUAAUUGUAAAAUAAUACUUCGAUCUAAACAGAAUCAAUUUCAGACGUUUUGGUCAAUAUUUAGAAUCACGAUUACAAGAUUCCCGAUAGAUCGCGUACGAAGCGGUAGAAAUCUUUAUAAAUUUGGAUCCCAAACAGUAAUAGUGUCGUAUCAAAAUAUGGAACAUGCUAGAAAAAGUAUAUGUACUAUUUAUGUUUCUUUUUUCCUGCCUAUCGGGGGUCGAUUAAAUGUGAACGUUACUUUAAAGAUAUCUCAAAUGACUACAAAUAUCUCUUACAUUGUAUACUGUAAAUAAUUGCGGUAAAUGUAAAUCUGAACGUAUAGCUACUGAGUUAAAAGCCUGAAAUUCAUAUAUUAAUUAAAAACCUGAGAUUCAACGGUAGAACAUAAUUUCUUUUUUUUUUUUUCUUUUUUUUUUUUAAUUCUCUAUAUCCGAUUAUAUCCAUGAUAUUAAAAAUAAAACAUCUGUACAAUACAAUAACAUUACGAAAUGUGGAACAUGUUAUUCUGUCAAUUGAACGAAUACAUAUAUAAUUACCGAUGUUGCUGAUUGCGAUUCGAUUGCCCUUAAAAUGAUGUCUGAAAAAAGUAAAUAGAACACUAAAUGAUUUGCGUAUCAAAUUUAACA